AUGGCCUCGGCGCGGAGCUAUAUCUCCAAGUUCAAGUCCUUCGUGAUCCUGUUCCUCACCCCGCUCCUGCUGCUGCCACUCAUCAUUCUGAUGCCCGCCAAGUUUGUCAGGUGCGCCUACAUCAUCAUCCUCAUGGCUGUUUACUGGUGCACAGAAGUCAUCCCUUUGGCUGUCACCUCCCUCCUGCCUGUCUUGCUUUUCCCACUCUUCCAGAUCCUGGACUCCAAGCAGGUGUGUGUCCAGUACAUGAAGGACACCAACAUGCUGUUCCUGGGCGGUCUCAUCGUGGCCGUGGCUGUGGAGCGCUGGAACCUGCACAAGAGGAUUGCCCUGCGCACGCUCCUCUGGGUGGGGGCCAAGCCUGCACAGCUGAUGCUGGGCUUCAUGGGUGUCACGGCCUUCCUGUCCAUGUGGAUCAGCAACACGGCCACCACGGCCAUGAUGGUGCCCAUCGUGGAGGCCGUGCUGCAGCAGAUGGGGGCCACGAGCACAGCCACUGAGGCCGGCCUGGGGGCUCUGGAGCUGGUGGACAAGGGCAAAGCCGGUGAGCUGCCAGGGAACCAAGUGAUUUUUGAAGGCCCUGCCAUGGCGCAGCGGGAGGAUUCCAACAGGAAGAGGAUGUGCAAGGCCAUGACCCUGUGUGUGUGCUAUGCGGCCAGCAUCGGGGGGACCGCCACUCUGACCGGGACGGGACCCAACGUGGUGCUCCUGGGCCAGAUGAAUGAAUUGUUUCCUGACAGCAAAGACCUCGUGAACUUUGCCUCUUGGUUUGGAUUCGCCUUCCCCAACAUGCUGAUAAUGCUACUGUUAGCCUGGCUGUGGCUCCAGUGUAUUUAUACGGGGUUCAGCUUCUUAAAAUCCUGGGGCUGCGGGCUAGAGAGGAGCAGCAGCGAGAAGGCUGCCUACGAGGUGCUGCUGGCGGAGUACAGGAAGCUGGGGCCCUUCUCCUUUGCCGAGGUCAACGUCCUCAUCUGCUUCCUCCUGCUGGUUGUCCUGUGGUUCUCCCGAGACCCUGGCUUCAUGCCUGGCUGGCUGUCGCUCGCCUGGGCAGAGGGUGAGACAAAGUACGCCACAGAUGCCACCGUGGCCAUCUUUGUGGCCAUGUUGCUAUUCAUUGUGCCUUCAGAGAAGCCCAAGUUCAAUUUCUGCAGCCAGACAGAGGAAGAAAGGAAAACUCCAUUUUAUCCCCCUGCACUGCUGGAUUGGAAGGUGACCCAGGAGAAAGUACCCUGGGGCAUCGUGCUGCUACUGGGGGGCGGCUUUGCUUUGGCUAAAGGAUGUGAGGCCUCGGGGCUGUCCGAGUGGAUGGGGAAGCAGAUGGAGCCCCUGCAUGCGGUGUCCCCCGCAGCCAUCACCUUGAUCUUAUCCUUGCUUGUUGCCGUGUUCACUGAGUGCACAAGCAACGUGGCCACCACCACCCUGUUCCUGCCCAUCUUUGCCUCCAUGUCUCGCUCCAUCGGCCUCAAUCCACUGUACGUCAUGCUCCCCUGUACCCUGAGUGCGUCCUUUGCCUUCAUGUUGCCUGUGGCCACCCCACCUAACGCCAUUGUGUUCGCCUACGGCCACCUCAAGGUUUCUGACAUGAUAAAAACAGGAAUAAUGAUGAACAUAACUGGAGUCUUCUGUGUGUUUUUGGCGGUCAACACCUGGGGACGGGUCAUAUUUGACUUGGAUCGUUUCCCUGCCUGGGCCAAUGUGACACAUAUUGAGACUUAGGAAGAACCACAGGACCAUGCGCACAGCCCCGCCCUCCUGAGGACUACUGAAAUUUCCACACACCUUGCACAGAGUUUUGGGGUCCGCACCCCAAAGUGACCCAGUCAUGACCACACCCCACCAAGACCCAGCCAACAGGUCCUCUCUUCCUCCAGGACUGGAUUCAGGGAUGGGGAUGGGUGUCUGGUGGGCAGGCUCGGAAGUAAAGGAAGCCCCUCAGGAGGCUGCAGGGACCCAUCUUUCCAGGCCUCACACUGGCCCCACACUGGGCUCUGGUUUUCAUUUGCUUAGUCCCAGGUAGUCUAAAUGGGAAUCAGAUCCCCAGGCUGGGAGCUGGGAAAACAACCGACCAGUGCCUGUGCCUCUUCCAGCUCACCUUGGGCUGCCAAGAUCAUCUCUAUCCCUCUGAAGGGGACAAUCCAGAGAACAAAACGUCUGGUCUUGGGCAGCCUCCCACUGUGGAAUGAGUAUGGCUAUCAGAGCCUCUUGGAGACU